AUGCAGGCAGCGGCACCAGCAACAGAUGGGCCCGGACGCAGCGUCCGCGCGGAGUCGGGAAGUCUGAUCCCAACAGCUCCCGUAACUCAUCUAGCAGAGUUCGGGGGCGAACAGGCGAUCAACCACGACCUUGCUCUCACGGCAACACGCCUGGACGGUGCCGACAAGCUCCUGAGCAAGUCACCAGCUACUUCUCUCCGGCACCCGACUGCUCUCGCAACCACGACGGCUGGUAUCGACAAGGCAGGGGAGGACGGUCUGGCAAACACUUGGCCAACCGCUCGUCCUUCCAGUAUUAGGGUCGACGGGCAGAGAGCCCUCCUCUCCAGGACGACGCCUUCCCACCAAAAGAAGGUCGCCAGGCCUUCUGCUGCGAGGUUGCCGCGCGACAAGGAACCUGGCGCACGGCGAAUGGGAUCGCUGGAAAACUUUCUUCAGCGAGCGCGAACUGCGAUGGAAUCGCAGGGAAUGCACUCCGACACGCUCAGGGAGUUCCUGUUGCCUUCUUCCGCGGCCGACCCCUCGCAGGAGACGUCUACCAACAUGGUCCGGAGCUGGGAGGUGUUCAAAGUCCUGACGCUAGACCUAGGGCUGCAGCUCUCCGAAGUCGACAAACAGCUGAUAUCGGCGCGGUUUGGAGACGGGGAGGACGGCGGCAAGGUAGACGCGGAUGCCCUGCUGGCAGCUAUUGCUCUUGAUCAUCCCGAGACGGGCGGUAAUGCCGUCUCCCCAGCAGCAACCUCGCCCUCGACAACAGUCCCUCCUAAGACUGGCGGAACGUCGACGCUCGAACACAACCACGACGCCGACCAUAGCCACAAACGCCGCCUCCACCGAAACGAAGGGGUGCCGGCGGCAGCAAGUGAAGUGACUACACGCAGCUGGGCCGGCGGCAGGGCUGACGAGGACGAAUCGAGGGUAGACGCAGGUGUUCCAACGAGGAGGGAUCAAAGCCUUCACGAUUCGGAGCUGUCCUCGGGUCAGGUCUUGGGAGGCCCCGAGGGAGGCGAUCCGACGGAUCAAGCUCCCCCGGCCUACGAAGAUUUGGUGAUGCAAUCUCCUAGAAUCGAGGGCAAAGGUCCGGCGGGAGCGGUGGCAACGAUAGAAGAGAUCGCUCUACGAGCGGAACGGAAAUACUCAGGAGAUUCUUUGAACGAUUGGGACGAUAGCAGAACUAGAGGUCGAAGCGGGAACGCUGCGGGAAGCAAUGAUGGCACCCGUGAUGAGGCCGCCGCCGGCGCCGCCGCCGCGAGGGAGGCCGCUGCGCUCCAAGAGGAAAACGCCAAGCUUCGGUCGGAGCUGGAAGUGUUCGACCUCGGCUUUUUCGAGGAAGUCGAAGACCUCAAGUACAGCUACGCGUCGCUCCGGAGGGAGGCCGACAAGCUGGCCAGGAAGCAAGGCAUCCCAAGCCUGUCCAAGUCGUUGGACUUGCCUGAGGAGGGGGAGGAGCCGUGGGAUCGAUCUGUGGACAUGGCCCAUCACACGGUGGACUGGGCAGAGACGGCCAAGAAUCAGAGGACUGCCGCGGGGAGAGGCGGCAGCAGCCCCAGCUCGCCCCCCCGAGGAACCCACGCCGCUCGUCUGGCCAGACGAUGGGACUUACUUUCGUCCGGCGUCGCCGCCGAUGUAGAAGAAGUGGGGUUCCCCGUCGGAUCACCCACCCGGGGGCACGGAGGAACCAUCCCCGGGCGUGUAAGCGCUGCCCCAGGGGGGGGGAGGUAUCGCGGUGGUGGGAUUGGAGGGAAGGGCGAGGCGUUUGCCGUGACCCCGCACCCGCAGCGCGGGUUGAUAGCCGCGCAUGAGCGGAAGCUGGCGUGGGAGAUCUCUUGCGGUGGCAUGGGAUCUCUGGCGCGUCUAAGGGAGAACACCGGGCGGGUAGGCCCCGCAACGGCGGUGGCCGCAGGAGACGGCUUCUGGUCCGACGAACAGGUAUUCCUCGCGCUUCGGAACUCCGGGUACGCGCUCGAGCUGGAAGACGUCGCCGUUCUGAGGACCGGUCUGGGGAGCGACGCCAAGGGCCGGGUGGACGUCGAGGAGUUCGUGGGCAUGUGCGAAGACGUAGCUUCGGUGGAAGAGUGGUACCUGCCACCUCGUUCUGCAGUGGUGGCAAUCGUCGCGGGCAGGGCGAACGCGAGGUCCCCGGCAAAAAGAAGCGGCGGCGGCGGCGGCGGCGCGUUUUCGAGCGGUUCACUGCCUUUUGGCAUGCUCUUGCGAGAGCUAGGAGAUGAGGUGCUGGGGGAGAGACGAGCUGGAGGAGGAGACGGGUUCGGCGCACCGGAACAAAACGCAAGAGGCGGAGGACUUCCGUCUUCGACCAACGGGGUGAUAUCCUUCCCUGUCUCUGCUGGCCAGGUGCCACACGAGACGCUCUAUCUGGGGGGAACCGUCUACGGGGAAAGAACGUUCCUGGAACCUUCCAAAACCGUCGAAAGCGUCCUGGCAGAGCUGAAAGACCAGCUGUCGCUGCUCGACAUUGAUCACCUCAUUCCGGCGCGGGAUCACGGAGCACGUGGUACUGGAAGCGGUGAGGGUGCUGUUACCACGCUCGGGAAAGCCGUCGGUGCCAGGUUCAGCAGACGAGACCCGACGCAAUCCGGACUCUUGAGUGCGAGGGAGGUAGGCCUUGCGCUGGAGGACGUUGGGGUGCGCCUUCAGGCCGACGAGGUCAUCACCCUCGCGAAAAGUUUCAAGCCUCCUGUAGGGGGCCCACAAGAAAAUCGGGGAAACGGAAGUGAUCUUUCGAGGGGCAGAGAGGGUUACGCCUCUGAUGCUGCGACUGCCAUUGAUCUCGAUGGCGGUGGGCUUGACGGCGUGGUCGCGGAAUAUGCGCCGCUUGUUCGGCUGGUCGUGGAUUCCCUCGCGGAAGCUAGCGGGGUAGAUCCCGCUGUCGGGGGACGGGUCAGGCUGGGGCAGAAGAAAGCGAAGUGGAACGAGCGGAUGCCAGCGCCGGCAAAGCGUCUAAGAUCUGCCCUUACAGCGGGGAAGGGGAGAGGUGGGCUGGAACGGCUCCGGCAGAGGUUCCGAGAUUUCGACAUCGACGGUGACGGGUGCCUAGGCAGGCGGGAGUUCAUGCGGGCCCUUAACCUCGCGCUGGCGUGCGAAACCGGGGAUGAUAGUGACCCAUCCCCUUACUUCACGGUGGGAGGCGUGCUGUCGGAGCAGGAGGCUGCGGAGCUCAUGGACCGUCUCGACAGAGAUCGGGAUGGCAGGGUGUCCUGGGAAGGAUUUGUAAAGUAUUUCGCUGACGCGGUACACGGGGAGGAGGGCGGGGGUCGUGGUGGUGGGCAUCCUGAGUCUUGGUUCCAGCUGGAGGUGGACAUCGCGGAGAAACUCCUCCAACAAAUGGAAGCCCAGGGAGGGUCUACAGCGAGAAGGGCAUGGGUUAAUAGCCUCAGACGGCGGUUUCAGACGGCUGACAUCCACGAAACUGGGACCCUAAACAGGGAUGAGUUUUUCCGGUGCCUAAGGAGCAUGCACGUUUCGCUUUCCGCAAGAGAAGGCGAAAGGCUGUUCCUGUCCCUGCUGCCGACAACAACAGACCCCAUGCGAGGCGCGAGAUACCCCGAGCUGGUCAACUUUUUGCGUGGCAAGAACGCUAUGUGGUACGACGUCGAGAGCGACAUCGCCGACAAGAUCCUCACAGCCAUGGGACCGGACGGCCCCUCUCGUCGAGCAUGGCUCAACCGAAUACGGAGGCGUUUUAUGAGCCUGGAUGCCUUUCGGGCCGGGGUGCUAGGGGCGUCUGAUCUUCUCCAGGCUCUCAAGGACGGAGGGUGCUACCUGGGGCUAGAAGAGGAGGCACGGCUUCUCGACGCCUUGGAGACGGAAGAGUCCGCCAGGUUCGACACUGAAGGGGGGGUGUCGUACCGAGAGCUGCUGCUGUUCUGCGCGAGGCACGCCGGGAAGUGGAGCGAAGGCCAACCCCUGCUGGCCGAGAGGCUACGGGAAGCGCUAAGGAGUCAGGCGAAAACGACAGCCGACGUGCGGAGGCUUUUUCGGAGGCUGGACGAUGACGGCGACGGUUUCAUCGACCGCAAGGACUUCAAGAUCGGACUCCACAGCUUAGGUUUGGGGUUCGUCACCAGGGAUGAGCAAGAGGUGUUGAUGGACGCUCUUGAUGCUGAGGGCUCGGGCAGAGUUCGGUACGCUGACUUUGCCUCUUUCUUCAUGGACUCCGACCCUUGGUUCAAGACUGAUGCAGACCUGGCUGAGAGGCUGUGCAAAAGCUUCGAAAUGUCCGGAGACAGUGGGGGCGAUGGCGAUGGCGGCGGAGGCGGUCCGGGGUCGGUUCUCGGAAGGUUCCGCGAGCGGUUCGUGGCCGUCGACCGGGACAAGACCGGGUUUAUCAACCGCGCCCAGUUUCGAGCAGUUCUUGCAAGCCUCCCGGGAACCCAAGAUCUCACAGAGGAUGAAGUGGAUCGGUUGAGCACGCUUUUGGACGACCAAGGAGACGGACGAGUGAGCUAUCGAUCCCUCCUUGAUCUGCUUGUGAGGCAUCUCGGAGACUGGCACAAGCGUAUUCCAAAGGUGGCCUCAGAGCUGUCGCUAGCGCUUCAAAAUACUCAGUACGGCCUAAAGGCCUGCGUGGAGAACUUUUCCAGAAGGUUGAACAUCGCCGAUCACAAGUCAACAGGGAGGCUACCCCCCUCGACCUUCGCAAGGUGUCUCCGUAGCGUAGGCCUAUCUCUAGCCCCCGAGAGCCUCGGAGAGAUGGUUUCCGUACUGGACGCGUAUGGCGAUGAGCUCAUCCCCAUAACACCAGUGCUGGAGUUCCUACGAAGAGAGGCGGGAAUUUCACCGGAAGGGGGGGAUGUGCAGCAACAGGCGGGCGGCGAAGUCGGGGUCGCGUUUCGUGAGGCUGUGCGGUCCCUCGCGGAGGCGGAGCAGCAGUACGCCAACAGCGAAGACGAGAGCGAUGGCGGCGGAACCGGCGGAUACGGCCACUCUGACAGGGACGCUGCAACGCCUAGAGGCGCAAUAACCUUCAACAGACGUGCAGAACCGGCUGCCUCCACAAGAAGUUAUGAUGGAACAACGGCAAAUUGGGCGUUGCGGGACACAGCAAGACUUAGACGAGAAAAAAGAGGCAGGACGAGCGGUGGGAUCAGAGAAGAGAGGGGGGCGUGGGCAAUCAUCCCCUGGAGCGUGUGCCUCCGAAGGGUCUUCGACAGGUGGCUUGAUGUUGACGGGGACGGGUUUCUGACGGAGGGGGACCUUGCGGCCUGUCUGCCCGAGAUAGGAGUCUAUGUGACAGGCCGAGAUGCGGCUAGAACGUUGCUGUCGGCCAUGGACUCCCGCCAAAGAGGGCUGGGCCAGGCGACGUUCAAGGACUUUGUUGAAUUUAUGGGCACCAAUGGCAGCAGCAGGCGACGAGGCGGCCGUUCACCUCCGGGCACAGCUCCAUAUUCCCCCGUCGACAAAAGGCGAACCAGCCUUGGCCCCGGUCAAACCAGGCUCUUGAGGCACGUUCGCCUCGCACUUGGCCUGCCAGCCGCAGCAGCGUCUCACGAAGACCACGAAGACGAUAGCCGGGAGACCAUCACCAGCAAGGACCUCCGCCGUGCGAUGGCGAGGCUGGAUCCGCAUGGGAGCGGGCGGUUACCCCUCGGGAAGAUCAAGGCGGCCCUGCAAGGCUUCGGCCUCCGCGUGGGAAACGUGCCGCAUGCCUCAUGGCUGGACCUUACGGGAAGCUUGGACCAGGACGCCUACGGGCAUUUGUUCUACUCCGACUUCGUCGACCUGCUGAUGCCGUCGGAACAGUCGCCAUAUCUAUCGUCCCCGGACCCCCCUUCGGACCGCCGAAAGAGCAACGCCCACUCGAGAAAACAGCCGAUGAUUCCCGCAGAGGCCCUCGCAGAGAGGGGUACUAGGAGUGGGAAUUUAGGCCGCAGCGUCUAUGGUGCCUUCGAAGGCGGCGAGAGUAAUGAUCGACCGGCCAGAAAAGGUGUUGGUGAUGAUUGGCGAUCGAGAACCUAUCCCCCCGCGGCGGUAUCGUCCGUGGCACCCGCAUCAGGGAAGAGGCCGGCAAGACCAAGUCAGUACAGCCGGCCAAGUUUGAGAUCCACAGGGUCUUCGACUGCGUUGCCGAAGCUUUUGGAGAGGCUUUUGGACGGGGUUUUCGAUGAGAACGGCGGCGUCGCCGAAGGGGGCGUGGCCCUGCGUUCGGCCUUUCGGCGGCAAGACCUCACGAGAAGCGGCCGGCUGAGCCAGGGCGAGUUUCGUCUGGCGCUGGAAAACGCCGGGGCGCCAAUUUCGUCCAUGGAGGUAGCCACUGUCUUCGAGUUCUUCGACAAGAGGGGCAGCGGCAUGAUAGACCACGAUCGUUUCGCCAACUUCAUCCUCCGGAGAUCGGGAACAGAGGCUGCGGUGACAGCGACUACGCCGAGCAGAAACACCGCCUAUCGGGCACCAUCCUCAUCGUUGUCGCCAUCGAGGAGCAACUUGACGAUCGGCCCCAGGGUGGCAAGUGUCGACGGCCCGGCGGCCUCCACCAUUCGGGCUUUAAAGAACCGAGAACCGGAGGUGGCCUCCCUGAGAAGGCAGCUCCAGCAACGAGUCGCCAAGAGGCAGAGGGCUGUAAUCGGUGGUCUCGAGUUGAAGAAGCUUCUUCGUUCCUGCGGCCUAGACCUCUCACCUGCGGAGAUCAGCCAUCUCCGACAGAAGUGCGGAGAUCCAGCAGGGCAGGUGAACACGUUGGCUCUGUUGGCCUACCUAGGCCCCGCAGAAAGCGAAGCUGCUAGAGCCUAUGGAGAGAACGACGGGCUUCCCCCUGACUCGCUGCUAAGAGGCUGGGCGCACGAAAGUACAUUUCCAUUGGUGGGGGGUGGACGCUGGCCGUCCUUCACUAAGACGAGAGCCAGAGGCCAUGGGUACCCGUACAUUAGCAGGUUGGAAGUAAGGGGGCAGCCCCAUUGCUCCUCAUUUCGCUAG